UCAGUUACGCUCCCGCUCAGUCAAACCAAAAACGGCUGAGAAUCGAGAGGCCUGGGAAAACCAGAAAGAUAGAGAAAGCGAUAAAAGAGAGAGAUUCUGAUUUCAAUUCACCAUCUCUCUCAUCGAAGCCGUAGUUUCCAAUGGAAUCGACCUUUUCUGCUACAACAUCAACGCUCUUAACAAUGUCGAAAACCCUAACUCCCACGCCCAACCCCUUCUUCCUCUACCGACUCCACCGCCACUUCUCGGCGACUCGCCCCGCUCCCCAACGCCUCCGGAGCCAACUCGUUUCUCUCGGACUCGCACGACUCUUGACCAGCGAGUUUCAAAGAUCCAGGGCGUUUAAUGCGGUCUCUUGUUCGUCGAAUUCGCUCAGGCGUUUGUCUCGCUUGGAUUGCGUUGCGAGUUCUGCUGCUUCGUUUGAGUCCUCCGCUGGCGGCGGCGGCGGCGGCGGGGGAGGGAUUGGAGGAAGUGGCGGAGGCGGCGGCGAUGGGGCGUCGGACGGCCGGGAAGGAAAGCCGGACUCGGUUGCGGUGGGGGCUGAAGAGGUGUCGGCUUUGUCGCCUGAUGUGAUAAUUCUUGACGUCGGAGGUAUGACAUGCGGGGGAUGUGCAGCAAGUGUGAAGAGAAUUUUGGAAAGCCAGCCACAAGUUUCUUCUGCUAGUGUUAAUCUUGCUACGGAGACAGCAAUUGUAUGGCCUGUAUCUGAGGCCAAGGUUGUACCAAACUGGCAAAAGUGCAUAGGAGAGACCCUUGCAAAGCAGUUGACGAGUUGUGGGUUUAAGUCAAAUCUUCGAGAUUCUGGGAAUGAUAACUUCUUGGAAGUAUUUGAAAGGAAGAUGGAUGAAAAGCGUAAGCAGUUGAAAGAAAGUGGUCGUGGGCUUGCUGUCUCUUGGGCUUUAUGUGCUGUAUGCCUCCUUGGCCAUGUCUCUCAUCUAUUUGGAGCGAAUGCUUCAUGGAUUCACGCCUUCCAUUCAACAGGAUUCCAUCUUUCUUUAUCAUUGCUAACAUUGCUUGGUCCUGGACGACAACUCAUUACUGAUGGUCUGAAAAGCCUUAUUAGGGGAGGUCCAAACAUGAAUACCUUAGUUGGUCUUGGUGCUUUAUCAUCUUUUGCAGUCAGCUCAUUAGCUGCCUUAAUUCCCCAACUGGGCUGGAAAUCAUUUUUUGAGGAGCCCAUCAUGUUGAUAGCAUUUGUCUUGCUGGGGAGGAAUCUUGAGCAGAGGGCUAAAAUUAAAGCCACCAGUGACAUGACAGGCUUGUUAAGUAUUUUACCAUCUAAAGCUCGUCUUGUGGUCAAGGGUGAUUCAGAAGAGUUUAGCUCAACUGUUGAAGUUCCUUGUAACAGUCUCUCCAUUGGAGAUCAAAUUGUUAUACUGCCUGGAGACCGUGUUCCAGCUGAUGGAAUUGUUAGAGCUGGUAGAAGUGCAAUUGAUGAGUCAAGUUUUACGGGGGAGCCUCUGCCUGUGACCAAACUACCAGGGGCUGAAGUUGCAGCAGGAACUAUAAACCUUAAUGGGAUGCUCACUGUUGAAGUACAAAGACCAGGUGGCGAGACUUCCAUGGGUGACAUUGUUCGCUUGGUCGAAGAAGCUCAGAGUAGAGAAGCUCCUGUACAGCGUUUGGCUGAUAAGGUGGCUGGGCACUUCACUUAUGGAGUCAUGGCACUCUCUGCUGCCACUUUUUUGUUCUGGAACCUUUUUGGUCCUCAAGUUCUACCAGGUUGUCUUCAAGGAAGUCCAGUUUCAUUGGCGCUACAGCUGUCCUGCAGUGUUCUGGUUGUCGCUUGUCCAUGCGCACUUGGCCUAGCAACACCUACUGCUGUGCUGGUUGGAACUUCACUAGGGGCUACAAGGGGUCUGCUUUUGCGUGGUGGAAAUGUCUUGGAGAAAUUUGCAAUGGUGGAUACUGUAGUAUUUGACAAAACAGGGACAUUGACAAUUGGCAGACCUGUUGUGACAAAGGUUGUUACCCGGGCAUGUGGCAGUGAAAAUGCACAAUUGUCGGAAGAGGAGGUUCUAAAGUUGGCAGCUGGAGUUGAAUCAAAUACUAUUCAUCCAAUUGGGAAAGCAAUUGUGGAAGCCGCCCGGGCUGCUAACUGUAAGAACGUGAAGGUGGUUGAUGGAACAUUCAUGGAGGAACCUGGAUCUGGUGCUUUAGCAACUAUUGAGAAUAAAAAGGUAUCUGUUGGGACAGUUGAUUGGGUUCAAAGGCAUGGAGUUGGUCAGAAUUCAUUUCAAGAAGUGGAGGAGCUUAAGAAUCAAUCAGUUGUCUAUGUGGGAGUAGAUGAUACACUAGCUGGGCUUAUUUACUUUGAGGAUCAGAUCAGAGAAGAUGCUAAACAUGUUAUUGAAUCCUUGAGUAAGCUUGGUGUCAAUCUCUAUAUGCUUUCUGGGGACAAAAGGACUACUGCAGAAUAUGUUGCGUCUGCAGUUGGAAUCCCGAAGGAAAAGGUCCUAUGUGGAGUAAAACCAGAGGAAAAGAAGAAGUUCAUAAGGAAACUUCAAGAGGAUAAAAAAAUAGUGGCUAUGGUUGGUGAUGGAAUCAAUGAUGCUGCAGCCUUAGCUUCUUCACAUGUAGGAGUUGCCAUGGGUGGAGGUGUAGGAGCUGCUAGUGAGGUGUCUUCUAUUGUGUUGAUGGGCAACAGAUUGUCCCAGUUGCUUGAUGCCCUGGAGCUUAGUAGACUAACCAUGAAGACUGUGAAGCAAAAUCUGUGGUGGGCCUUUGGGUAUAACAUGGUUGGAAUUCCAAUUGCUGCGGGAAUGUUGCUGCCAGUGACGGGAACCAUGCUGACUCCAUCAAUUGCUGGAGCCCUUAUGGGUCUGAGCUCAAUUGGUGUGAUGACAAAUUCAUUGCUUUUGAGGUUGAGAUUUGCCUCAAAACAGCAGAAGAACUAUACGGACCUGCUGAGUAUCAAAGCAGGUUCAGACUCUGAUCUUCUUGCAGACCAGAAGGACAAGUUAAAGCACCCAUAUGUGGCCGCUAGAUAAGGAAACUGCCUUUAUUGAAGAGGCCACUUGAUAUUUUAGAAUAGGCACAAACCGAGGCAACUUGGUGUUGCUACUUCUUUAACCAACGUGCAACAAUGGAGAGAGAGAGAGAGAGAGAGAGAGAGUUACCAUUUCUUGAUUUUGUAGAUUUUACAGUUUGAUAGACUACAUAUCUCAAACGAAACUCACUGGGAAAACCACACUUUCUUGUUCUUGGCAAAAUGGUCAAUAAAACCUUAUGAGGUUUAAUAAGAGUGAAGACAGUAUAACCUGCUUCAGCUCAUGAACUUGGCUUUUAUAAGCUGUGUACCAGGAUUGCAAUGAAGAAUCACUUUCUCGAAAA